CGGGGAAGGUCGGGUCACCGCAGCGCUAGUCACAGUGUGAAAGGGCUUUGCAGUGUCAGCAUUGUGGGCGGGUCUCACCGUGAGAGCUCCCCCUACCCUUAGCACUAUACAAGUCUCAUCUCUCCGCCCUCCUAUAGUCGCAUCGCCGUUUUGCCCUGAGGCCGAUGCAGGGAGUAGCCCCUCAGUGAGUGAGAAGCAGCAGCAGGCCGGCGACGUUCUUCCCUUGGAUCCCCCCCUACAACAUGGCCAAAUGGAGUUCACCUCUCGUCUUUGCCCUGGCUUUUUUGGCUGUGGGCUGGAAGGGGAUGUGUCAUUAUGCCUAUAUGAAGGUUCCUGCCACUAGUGUUGCAUUUGAAAGGUGCUCCCUGCCUCCUCCCUAGCUCUUGGCUACUACAAGAAAAGCACCCUACUGAGACCUCUGACCUCCACAUGUAUGCGCCUUUACAUGGCUAGAAGCUCCUGCUCCUGGGGCAGCCUCUACCUAGGAUGCUCUUCAGAAAAUGCAGGCAUAUGGUCAAGAUUUUGACUUGUAUGAUGCUCUAGGGGAUCCAACUGAAAAACCUAAACCAAAGCCUAAACCACCCAAAACCCCAACUCAUGACUCAGGUGACCUGGAUUUAAGUGAUUUUUUUGAUACUCCAAUAAAGACAACAACCAAGCCACCAAGAAGAGUCACAAAACCCCCACCAAAACAGCCAGAUCCAAAUGACUUUGACUUGUCAGAUGCCUUGGAUGGAAAGAACGACAGGAAAGAUGGUUCGAAGGAUAGUGAUAAAUCCUCAGGAGUUAGACACUAUGACAUUUCAGAUUCGGAUUUAGAGGAUAUUUUCAACGAUGGAUAUAACCCAGACAAGAAAAAAGGUGGCGGCGGAGGAGGAGGCAGAGCCGCGGGUCAGGGAGAUAAUGAUGGCUCUGAUUCUAGAUUUGGCAGUCAAGCAGAGACUGGGACUAUUGCUGGGAUUGCCAGUGCUUUGGCAAUGGCAUUAAUUGGUGCAGUAUCCAGCUACAUUUCAUACCAACAGAAGAAGUUCUGCUUCAGUAUACAAGAAGGUCUUAAUGCCGAGUAUGUGAAGGGAGAGAAUAUGGAGGCUGUAGUGUGUGAAGAGCCACAAGUGAAUUAUUCUGCUCUGGAAUCUCAGUCGGCGGCUCCACUAAGAGAAGACGGUGCAAAGGUUUGAGGUGGGAUCCAGGGAAGCAGCAGAAGUCUAUGCCAGUUGUACACUGUCUCAGAAACCUGUGUGUGUUUCAUUUACUGAAGCUUUGUGGCAAAACAAAACCUGGGAUCUCCAGCCUGGAGCUGUCUGUCUGUCUGUCUGCUGUAACUGAACUGCAGCUUGUAGCAAUGUCAGCUCUGAUGAGCUCCUCUAUUGGGCAGUGCCCGGACAUACAGAGAUGCUUUUGUGUUUGUUGUUUACACCCUUUAGUGCACUGCUCUGCUGAGUAUAUUGGUACUUUGUAAAUACAUGUUAUUAAUAAUAAUAAUGCUCUCUGGUACAGGCCAGGGGUUAGUAGCUCAGUUGUAGCCACCACCAGCCCCAGGUUGUUGAUCCCAGCUUUAAAGAGUUCUGUGUUUACAUUUUAGUGGCAGGCAUUUCAUUUUGUAUCAUUUUUGUGAAUGUGUCGAAAUCACGGUGACGCACAAACCACAAGAGACGGGUUUUUGCAAAAGCUAAUGCCUUGAUAUUGUUUUAUAAACACUCUUAUAUCUGGCCUAUCAGCCAAACACUUACCCACUCCUGUCAUGGACCGUGCAUGAUACCACAGCGUUUCCUUCCCUCUAUAAUAACAGCAACACUGUAGCAAUAAUAAGGAAUCUCUCUUUAAAUGUCAGAGGAAAUUCCCGUUAGCAUUUUUAGUAAAUCCCAUGUAACAUCUCAGAAGGGUUAAAAACUCCAUCCCGACUCCCUCAGGACUAAACUGAUAGCAGCAGCCUUGUACUUUCUCAUUGGUCCAAGGGCAUGCAAUCCUUUCCUGGUGUAUCUGCCAGUACAUUUGUAUUGUAUCUCAUCUAUAUGUUUCUGCUAGCAUGUAUUAUUGUAUGGUUCCCUUUUAUAUUUAUACCAAUACCCAGCAUUUCCUCCUAACCAACAGCAUUUAAUUGCCCUCCUCCUGACAAUGUGUAACCCUUCUAUGGGACAAUAUGUUACUGGCAUUAACAUUAUUCCCACAACUACCUCCUUACAUUGUUACAUUAAGGGUCAGGCCACACAAGCAGAUUCGGGGAAAUUAGUUGCCCCAUCGACAAUCUCCCCGAACUGCCCUCUGCCGGCUAAAAUGAAAAUUGACUGCGGCAAUGCACACGCUGUGCUUUG